AUAGACAGUGGUGUUCGACAACGACAGAUGAGAAAAAUUCGGUGCGAUUGUUAAAAAGGCGUCAGUCGGGCCACAACUGCAAAUACGAAAAAGAAUGGCGUGCCUGAAAAUCUAUUUUGUUCUGCUCUUGGCCGUUGCAAUCGGCGUAGCUGUUGCAAAACCGGGAUACUUAGGAUACGGAUACUAUCCGUAUUACUAUGGAUAUAGAUACCCGUUCUAUGGAGGAUAUGGACAUGGAUAUGGAGGAUAUGGACAUGGAUAUGGAGGAUAUGGGCAUGGAUAUGGAGGAUAUGGGCAUGGAUAUGGAUUUGGAUAUCCGUUCUACGGUGGUUACGGUCAUUACGGUGGUUACGGUCAUGGUUAUGGCUACCAUGGCUAAAAUGGACAUAGAACACGGCCUUCUUCUGGAUUUUCCCUGAAAUACCAUGUGAAGAGUGAGCUCAGUUUAAAGAUGUUCUACGUCGUUUUCUCUCUAUUGUAUUUUUUUGACGCCAGGAAUGAUCCAACGCCACAAAGAACGUAACUGUUCACGUAACGCGGUUUGUGUUACAUUCUAUACGCAAUCUAUAUAUGGCAAAAUAUUAAGAAAAUAAGGACAAAAUUCUUUAAAAAAUAAAACUACAG